GGUGUCGGUUAACGGCAGAAAUCCCGGGAUCGGUUACCCCAGUGAUUGGUUACCCCGGUGACGGAGUGGAUCCCCCGGGGCCGGGACAAGCGGGGAUGGAGGUGAUGAAAAUGUGAAAGUCACAGUUCAGAUGCUCAAAUCCAGAACUGGACAAUUUGAUUUGGAGUCAAUUCUUUUCCUGAAGCUGAAGAAUAUUGGGAUCAGCAAUCUUGGGUGUAUUGGAGACUGUAUAAAUGUAGAAAGACUGGACUUGUCAGGAAAUGACAUCUCAAACCUCUCUCCCCUCUCAUCACUGAAAAUUCUGACAGUGCUCAACCUGUCAGCCAAUCGGAUCUCAAAUGUUGAUCCCCUACGCUCCUGUGAAAACCUACAAAACCUCAAUUUAUCAGGAAACCUAAUUGGCAGUGUCGAUAGUCUUCUUUCCCUCUCCGAGCUGAAGAAUCUGGAGACGAUUCGAUUGAAAGACACUGUCUGCAACUUUAGUAAUCCAGUUUGUAUGAACACUGCGUAUCACAAUACAAUGUUGGAAAUCUUUCCGAAAAUAAAAUCCUUAGAUGGGGAGAGGCUAUCAGGAAGGGGUAGCGAUUUGUACCAGCUCUGCAAAGAGAUGGAUGAUUCUGUAAAAGAAAUGUGCAGCAAUGGUCCUGUUGGUGAACUACCUGAUCCCAAGAAAUGGGUUGAGGACAAUUACUGGGAGCUCAAACCAAUACAGAAAACUCAGUCUAAUGAAGCUGUUGAGAAGUUUUAUUAUAUUUUGAAGGAAUGCAGAGAGCUCAACAAUAAGGCUGCUGAUGUCAUUGAGAAAACAGAAAGGACACUAAGUAGUGGGAAGGAAUGAAACACACACAGUAAACACAGUUACAAAACCGUGUAACUGUGAACCUGAAGCAACUGAUGAUGCUGCUGUCUUCUCAUCUGAAUUUUUUUUAUUCCCUGUUCAAACCAAAGAAAGGGACAGUCCUUUAAAAUUCUGAUUGUUUUCUGAACAAAUAUUUAGGUGUGGUCAGUCAUGAAAAUGUGCCUCUUUGCCUUACCCUCAGCGGUAUUCAUGCAGCUAAAACCGUCGGUCUGUCUGUAAUGGAGAGAGAUGCCUAUGGUCCUUCAUGGACAAUGGCUGAUCACCUAAUUACUUACCUUUAAGUGAAGUGUUUACAACUUGAAGCCAUGAAAAUAGAACCUUAUGAACCAAGGAAGACAUCUAACCUACAUGAAUUUAAAUCUGUUUCUCCACCUCACUUUUGACUGACAACAUUGUAUGUUUAUCAAUUUUACACUUUCUGGACCCAAUACUGUUACUUUUUUAGUCAUUCACUACUGUAAAACUGCAAUAAAAUGAUUUAAUUCUGCUUAAAACUUGGAAAUUUGACAACUUAGCUGGAACAAAUCAUUC